GAGUCAGGCUUUCAAGGACCUCACGAACUCUAUUUUAAGAACCUCUCAAAACAAAAAAAGCAAGUCAUGGAGAAGAAUGGGAAUAACCGAAAACUUCGAGUUUGUGUUGCAACUUGCAAUCGUGCCGAUUAUUCAAAACUUGCCCCAAUCAUGUUUGGCAUUAAAACGGAGCCUGAGUUCUUUGAACUUGAUGUGGUGGUACUUGGCUCUCACCUGAUAGAUGACUAUGGAAACACAUAUCGCAUGAUUGAACAAGAUGACUUUGACAUUAAUACCAGGCUACACACAAUUGUUAGAGGGGAAGAUGAGGCAGCCAUGGUGGAGUCAGUGGGCCUGGCCCUAGUGAAGUUACCAGAUGUCCUCAAUCGCCUAAAGCCUGAUAUAAUGAUUGUUCACGGAGACAGGUUUGAUGCCCUGGCUCUGGCUACAUCUGCUGCAUUAAUGAACAUCCGAAUCCUUCACAUUGAAGGUGGGGAAGUCAGUGGGACCAUUGAUGACUCUAUCAGACACGCCAUCACAAAACUGGCUCAUUAUCAUGUGUGCUGCACUCGAAGUGCAGAACAACACCUAAUAUCCAUGUGUGAGGACCAUGAUCGCAUCCUUUUGGCAGGCUGCCCUUCCUAUGAUAAACUUCUCUCUGCUAAGAACAAAGACUACAUGAGCAUCAUUCGCAUGUGGUUAGGUGAUGAUGCAAAAUCUAAAGAUUACAUUGUUGCGCUACAGCACCCUGUGACCACUGACAUCAAGCAUUCCAUAAAAAUGUUUGAACUAACAUUGGAUGCACUUAUCUCAUUUAACAAGCGGACUCUAAUUCUGUUUCCAAAUAUUGAUGCAGGAAGCAAAGAGAUGGUUCGAGUGAUGCGGAAAAAGGGCAUUGAGCAUCAUCCCAAUUUUCGUGCAGUUAAGCAUGUCCCAUUUGACCAGUUUAUACAGUUGGUUGCCCAUGCUGGUUGUAUGAUUGGGAACAGCAGCUGUGGGGUACGUGAGGUUGGUGCUUUUGGAACACCUGUGAUCAACCUAGGAACACGUCAGAUUGGAAGAGAAACAGGGGAGAAUGUUCUUCAUGUCCGGGACGCUGACACUAAAGACAAAAUAUUGCAAGCGCUACAACUUCAGUUUGGUAAACAAUAUCCUUGUUCAAAGAUAUAUGGGGAUGGAAAUGCUGUUCCAAGAAUUUUGAAAUUUCUCAAAUCUAUUGAUCUUCAAGAGCCAUUACAAAAGAAAUUCUGCUUUCCUCCUGUGAAGGAUAAUAUUUCUCAAGAUAUUGACCACAUUCUUGAAACUUUGAGUGCCUUGGCUGUUGAUCUCGGCGGGACGAACCUCCGAGUUGCAAUAGUCAGCAUGAAGGGUGAAAUAGUUAAGAAGUAUACUCAGUUCAAUCCUAAAACCUAUGAAGAAAGGAUUAAUUUGAUCCUACAGAUGUGUGUAGAAGCUGCAGCAGAAGCUGUAAAACUGAACUGCAGAAUUUUGGGUGUAGGCAUUUCCACUGGUGGUCGUGUGAAUCCUCGAGAAGGAAUUGUGCUACAUUCAACCAAGCUGAUUCAAGAGUGGAACUCUGUGGACCUCAGAACUCCCCUCUCUGACACUUUGCAUCUCCCUGUGUGGGUAGACAAUGAUGGCAAUUGUGCUGCCCUGGCAGAAAGGAAAUUUGGCCAAGGAAAGGGUCUGGAAAACUUUGUGACACUGAUCACAGGCACAGGAAUUGGCGGUGGGAUCAUCCAUCAGCACGAACUGAUCCAUGGGAGUUCUUUCUGUGCAGCAGAACUUGGCCACCUUGUUGUGUCCCUGGAUGGCCCUGACUGUUCCUGUGGAAGCCAUGGCUGUAUUGAAGCCUAUGCCUCUGGAAUGGCCUUGCAGAGAGAAGCAAAAAAGCUACAUGAUGAAGACCUGCUCUUGGUGGAAGGGAUGUCAGUGCCAAAAGAUGAAGCGGUGGGUGCGCUCCAUCUCAUCCAAGCAGCAAAACUUGGCAACGUGAAGGCCCAGAGCAUCUUGAGAACAGCUGGAACAGCCUUGGGUCUCGGGGUUGUGAACAUCCUCCAUACCAUGAAUCCUUCCCUUGUCAUCCUCUCUGGAGUCCUGGCCGGUCACUAUAUUCACAUCGUCAAGGAUGUCAUCCGCCAGCAAGCCCUCCCCUCUGUUCAGGAUGUAGACGUAGUGGCCUCGGAUUUGGUUGAUCCCGCCCUGCUCGGUGCUGCCAGUAUGGUUCUGGACUACACAACCCGCAGGAUCUACUAGGCCUCCCUAGAGUGGACAUGGACCAAGACUUGAGCACGCCUUCAUGGAUUCAGGUUCUUUUAGACGAGUUUUUCUUAAAAAGCAAAUUUGGUAUUUGGCAGGCAAUUUUGGCAGGGAAAUUUUUGCUUUUUGUUGCCUCUUCCAAAAUCGCCUUUCUCAAGCCCCAUUUUUUGUAGAUGCUGCUCGUUCUGGGGUUAUUUCAGCCCAUACUACCUAAGUACCAGUUUUCUGUGCCAAAAAUAGCUACAGCAACAGACCAGGAAGCCUUAGAGCACUGCUGACUAGAUGUACCUUCCUCAGCAUAUAAGGUUGACCUGGAGUGUGGGUUAAUAUUCCAUCCUUCUCUGACCCUAAAUAGACUGCAGAAAGGGAUCCAGUCAGGGAGCAGGAAUCUCACCAUGAAAGGCUCAAGUUUUUUUUUAAAACAACUUUAUUGAGAUGUUUUAACAGCAUACAAUUUGAUAACCUUUGACAUAUGUAUAUACCUGUGAAACCAUUAGCACAAUCAAGAAACUGGACAUCAGUAACCCCCAAAUGUUAUUUGUUGAAAUGUUAUUUUAUUACUAUUAUUAGCAGAACCUGUGAAUAAAGUUAGAAUUGGGAUCAGAAUUACUGUGGCUUUAAUGAUCUUGUCCUUAUCACUUAUGGACAGCAAAAGGCUACUAGGACUUAGUCUCUGAAAGGUGAUCACUUGUCUCAAAAGGAUCUUUGCUGCUGAAAAGCAAGUAUCUCUCCCUUCAACAGCAUUUCUUACUAUGUGGCAUUAUGACUCUGAAGUAUCAACUAAAGCAGUGUGUGUUCAUGUGACUGGAUCCUGGCUAAAUAAGUGUGCUUUUACAUAUAUCAAGGUAGUGUCUGGGCCUUCCCAGUGGCCUAGGAGUUAAAACUCAAUGCUAUCACCUAUCACCACUGCAGCCUGCGUUCAGUUUGAUCCCAAG